AUGCAACUGAGAAACAACAAAGUCAUGAAUUUUUUCCUAAUCACUUCAAUUUGCCAUGUUGUUUGUGGUUUACCGACGGCCGACUCCGAUGACGAGAGCGAUGCAAUCGAUUUAUCGGCAUUUGGAUUAAAAUACGGCCAGCCCGACAUGAAAACCGGUGAAUUGGUAAAAAAUUGGCAACCCACCGAUGGCGAUGGCAGCAAUCCCGAAGAGCUUGGAUCGUAUAUGGAAGGUGAUAUUCUAUUUCCAAUGAAUCAUUCGACCAAUUCACGUAACGGUAUGGUAUCCCAAUCGUUUCGUUGGCCAAAUGCGGUGAUUCCAUACGAAAUUGUCGGUUCAUUUGAUCCCCGUUCGCUCAAUACCAUUGAGAAUGCGAUGAAUGAGUAUAAAAAGCGAACCUGCAUAAAUUUUCGUCGUCGAAACGCGAAUGAUCGGGAUUACAUCAGUAUACAGAAUGCCCAAUCGGGAUGUUGGUCAAGUGUAGGACGUGCUGGUGGUGCGCAAGCCUUAAAUUUACAAUCGCCUGCAUGCACAACCAAAGUGGGAACGGUUUUACAUGAAUUUAUGCAUGCAGCUGGAUUUCUUCACGAACAAAACCGUGAAGAACGUGAUCAAUAUAUUGAUGUUGUCUAUCCGAAUAUUAUGCGUGGCUACGAAUCAAACUUUAUAAAAGCGCAGAAAGGGCAAACGUCUGGAUUUGGUGUUGGCUACGAUUAUGGAAGUGUAAUGCAUUACUCGGCAAAUGCAUUCUCGGCCAAUGGCCAACCCACCAUAAGAACCAAGAAUAAAGCAAACAUCGGGCAACGAGACGGAUUUUCGCAAAAGGAUGUGCAGAAACUAAAUAACAUGUACCAAUGCAAACGGAAGAGUCAAAAAAAUGCCACCACCACUGACAUGAUUAUGGAUAUGCUCGGAGUGGGAUCGAAUUGA